AUGGAGAACGAGAUUAUUGACGACUUCGCCUCGCUCGGCAUCAUCAAGAAGAAGAAGAAGUCUUCCAAGAAGGUCGACUUUGACUUCGAUGCCGCCGACGAGGAGGGCGCUUCCCCCGAUGCCCCCACCACCGACGCCGCCGCCGAGGAGGACCCCUUCGACGGCCUGAAGAAGAAGAGCAAGAAGAAGAAGGUCAUUGCUUUCGACGACGAGGACACCCCCGCCGAGGCCACCGAGGGUGGCGAUGAUGACCUUGGCGGUCUUGAGGUCAAGAAGAAGAAGCGCAGCAGCAAGAAGAGCCUCGAGACCUUCGAGCAGGCCCUCAUGGAGUCCGACGCGCCGAAGAAGUCCUCCCGCUCCAGCAAGUUCAACUUCGACUUCGACGACGAGGCCGGUGGCGACGACAUGUUCAACCAGGCCGGCGACUCGGACGACUUCCAGAUGGAUGCCGAUGUUGAUACCAGCGGCGACCCGAUGGCCGUCUACCAGGGCAACGACACCCCCUACGCUUAUGGGGACCUGCUGCAGCGCGCCUUCCGCCUGAUCCGCGAGGCCAACCCCGAGCACGGUGGCGACCGCAAGCGCUACACCAUGAUCCCGCCGCAGGUCAACCGCGAUGGCGCCAAGAAGACCAUCUUCGCCAACCUGAUCGAGAUCUGCCGCCGCAUGCGCCGCACCAACGAGCACGUCACCAACUUCCUGCUUGCCGAGCUCGGUACUUCCGGCUCGGUGGAUGGCGCUGGUCGCCUCAUCAUCCGUGGUCGGUUCUCCCCCAAGCAGAUCGAGAGCGUCCUCCGUCACUACAUCAUGGAGUACGUCACCUGCAAGAUCUGCAAGUCCCGCGACACCCAGCUGUCCAAGGACAACCGCCUGCAGUUCAUCCAGUGUGAUGCCUGUAACUCCCGCCGGUCGGUGGCCACCAUCAAGACCGGUUUCUCCGCUCAGGUCGGCCGCCGUCGUCGGUAA